CACCAGCCAGACAAUAUCUACAAAUUGUCAAGUGUGAUCUCACAUCUGGGAGACAACAUGUAUACAGGCCACUACAUCAGUGAUGUUUUGGACAGCCGUGGCAGUGGGUGGCUCUGCCUGGAUGACGCACAUGUCUUGAGGACAGAUGAGGCCACUGUGCUGAAGGAGAUUGCACAGACUGCCUACAUCCUGUUCUAUGUCUGCAGUGGAGCAGGUGAAGGAGACCAGGCCCCUCACUACCAGGAGAAGGACCAGGAGAAACCAUCAUUAAACUCAGGUAGAGGCACAGCGCUCAGGGACCACCUGGAGUAGCACGUACCACACACCAAGAAACAUCAGAUUAAUCGAAUUAGGCUGCCCUACACCACCAUCAGACUGCCCUACUCCACCAUCAAGCUGCCCUAGACCACCAUCAGACUGCCCUACUCCACCAUCAAGCUGCCCUAUACCACCAUCAAGCUGCCCUACACCACCAUCAAGCUGCCCUACACCACCAUCAAGCUGCCCUAGACCAUCAUCAGACUGCCCUACUCCACCAUCAAGCUGCCCUAGACCCCCAUGAAGCUGCCCUACACCACCAUCAAGCUGCCCUACACCACCAUCAAGCUGCCCUAGACCACCAUCAAGCUGC